UAGCGAUUGAAUAUAAUAUCGAAGAAAGCAUAGUCUCGUGGCCACUCGACGGCGAUAAGUGAAUUGUGGCAGACAUGGAGCGACUGAUAUUGCUCUGCUUGCUGCUGUCACCGGUAAUUCUCGCGCAGCCACGUGAAAGCAAGGACCCUAACGACGAGCCGUUUCUACCGAUCUUUCCCGACUACCCUUACACCCCCAAGGUAAUCAAACGAGGCGCCGAACGAGAAUUGACGACGCAAUUAACGCCGGAGUUGUACGCGCCGAAGGUCGACGCCAAGAAUUCCUACAGUUCCAGCUACAAUACCAACUAUCAAAGAGAUCCUUAUUACAAUCCCGAUCCGAGAAACAGCUCGCCCGCGCCCGCUUAUCCGUCGUAUUACAACGGCGACGCGUACGCCUACGUUCAUUCGCCGUACGCCGUCUACAACACGUAUCCCACCCCGUACGCAGUGAACCCGGCGUCGUAUCCGGUGUCGUAUCCGAAUUACUACUACCAGCAGCCCUAUUACUCUCAUUAUUACAAUCACGCGCUGUUCCCGCCGCCGCUGCCGCCGUCGCCGCCGCCGCCCCCGCAUCAGGAGACGUCGCAAGACUCCGCGGAGGACGACAGGCACGGCAAACAGAGCAAGAAGCUGAAGGACGACGAAACGAGUCAGAACGUGCCGUCGACGAGCCAGUACGUAGACGGUGGAAACUACAUAUCCGGCGGCGGCGGCGGCGGCUCGAGGGAUCUCGACGUGCAGUCCAGCACGUACAAGCUGGCAGGCCCGUAUAAUCAACUCGAGGGCAACGUCCAAGUGAGGAAUCUGCCGAUACCGCUUCCGAAGGCGACGUACAGGCUGAUCAAUGUAGCGGGACAACCGGUCAAUCCAAAUUAUCCGCUGCCCACGACGUACAUCAAGAUUCAGCAGAUGGAGCAGCAGGUGAGUCAAGCGUUAGCCAGGCUGUUGGCGCAGCAGCAAGCAGGCCAGUCCUACGGGAACCACAGGGAACACGCUUUGAACGCCGACGCCAACGGCGGAUUGUACGCAAACGUUUACAAUCUGAAUGCGGCGCCGUACGUGACUCUUCCAACCGUGAAAACCAAGCCCGCCGUCGCCUUCGUGAUAAACGCCGACGGCACCGCCAAAGUCAAUGGCGGCCAGGCGAGUUCGCAGGACUCGUCGGCGCAGAGGAACAAGGGUACAAAAUCGAGCGUCCUCUACGUGCGGAAACCGGCGACCCUGGAGAGCUCGCAAACGGCGAGUCCUAAGCAGCGCGCGAGUGACAGCCGAUCGGCGGAUCAAACGGACGAAUACGACGGCUACGGCGCGUCGCAGAGUUACGCCGACGACAAGCAGAAGUCAAAUUAUUAUCAAUCGGGCUCCUCUUAUCAGAGCAAGGAUUUGGCUGUCACGCCUCGGACACCCCAACCGUACAGUUAUCAGUAUUCUGCUUAUGCGUCGGAUGAGACGCAGCAGCCGCAGUCGCAAGGAGAUAAAAUUACUACGGAUAGCAAUUUUGGAGCUAAACAAUAUAACAAGGGCUGAUUUAUUAAUACGCAAUAGUAAACGUAGCGAUAGGACGAAAGAAAACAAUGCUAUUAUGUAUAAGA